UUAGUUUCCUUUGCUAUAAAUAAGCUUAUUUAUUUUUUAGAAACUGUAGAACAAAAUGAUACUGGAGAAUUCUUGAUACCAUCAUCAUUGAUAACAAAAGAAGAUUUGGCGACAUUCAAAAAUCAGUUAUUUGACUUCGUAAGGGAACAAUUUUCAAAAGCUGAAAAAAAUUCGAAAGCAUACAGAGUUAGUUUGGACAGUAAAACUGCGAACAUUCAACUAGAAAUGGUUCAAUUGAAAACACUGGUGCAAGAUAAAAGACCAUUCGGAGAUAGUGAACAUGUUCUAUCAUUGGAGAAGCUAAAAGAAAUUUAUGACGUUACCCUUCCUAUGGAAACUUCUACAGAGUUCUACAAUUUUAAUUCAAAAAUUGUGCACGAUAAUUACAUUAGCUUAAAAACUUAUUUUGGCUGCAAUAUAAAUACUCAAGAGAAAAAUAUAGCUGCCAAAGUUAUAACUCCUAUUUUCAAAACUUUCUUUUCUAAAGAUCUUGUUAGAAAAUUUACUGCUCAAAAAAAAAGUAAAGACGAGUACAUUUUUAAAGAUUCUAAGUUUUACGACUGCUUGUUUGAUGCAAUGCAGAAUGCACAUAGUAAGAAGGGACAAACAGUGACAAAUGCUGAUUUACUGGGACUGAUUGGAACUGUUAUAAACAAUGCUGCUGAUUGGGAUCGAGGUCGUGACAGCAGAAAAAGAACUCGGGAUCAAGAUAGUGAUGGCAAUGACAUUUAAAAUAUUUAUAAUUAAAAUUUGACUAUUUUUAUAUAUUGCAGUUACAUGUACGUUUUAAUGUAAUUUAUGUUCUGUAAAUUGCUCAUGACGUACUUAAUAAAUAAAUUAACAAAUAAAUAUUUUAACGUUUGUACAACAUUA